AUGGCGACGAUCCUUCGCAGGGCUGGCCAACCGCUCCUAUUCCUCGUCUCUCCUCCUAUGCUAAAGACCUACCUGCGCGUCACCCUCGCAUUCUCCGCAGCAACCGCUCUUCUCUUCUCGGCAAUCGUCUCCUAUCUCGCGUUCUACAACCAGUACAUACCUCACGACAUCAUCUCCCAGCCUCUGUACUUUGACUACAAAUUCCAACCGCUCCUUGCCUCUGCCCCCUUGCUCCAUCGCGACUCGCCUGCUCUCAGAUCAGACCUGCCGUACACGGUCUCGAUAUGUCUUACCGUCCCGCGCUCGCCGCACAACUGCGAUAUCGGGAAUUUCAUGCUGGGUCUUACAGUCUACCGCACCGAUCCAGUCAUUUCAUAUAGAUCAUCCUCCGGCGAAACACUUUCACGUCAUGGUAUCGCAUAUCUGCAACGCAACCGACCCUCCGACGCGCUGCAAUCGCUCGCGAUCCUUGACGUCGCCAGACCUGCUAUCCUGCCCUACAGAUCACCCCUGUUUGAGUCUCUACACACUCUCUUCACCAUCCCUCUUUUGAUCGCAGGCUGGACGCGCGAGUCUGAGCGUCUCGAGAUCGAGCUUGCGGAUGAAUUCAUUUUCUCGGCCAGCCAUUCUCUGAAAGAUGCAUAUGUCGCCGCACAGAUUAGCGAGGGCGUGCAAGUUUACGACGCCAGUCUGAUAUGGCAGGCAAAGUUGACGGGCGUCAGGUAUCUGAUGCGGUACUACUAUGUGUCUACUUUCAUUGUUGCCGUCGGACUGUUUUGGGCGACCGAGGUGGUUGCUGCUUUUGUUGUCUGGGGGUUGGUCAGUCUGUGUUUUAGCGGAGGUGACUCAUAUCAAUCUGUGUAUCGCCCUGAGAGGGGGAUUAGGAGAGAGAUAGAGCAGUCAGUUGAGAAGUCAAUCAAAGAGGAUGAUUUAUAUAUCAAAGAGGAAUCAGAGGUGUCACUCGAAGAUAUACCAGAAGAGAUCAAGGAGGACGAGAUCAAGGAGGAAGAGAUCAAGGAGGACGAGAUCAAGGAGGAGAAGAUCAAGACAGAGAAAGAAGAAAACAUCAUCUCAAAGAAAGAAGAAAAGAAGAAAGAAGAGAAGAAAGAAGAGGAAGAAGAAAAGACAAAGAAAGAAGAGAAAGAGAGACUACUGCCGAUCGACAGCUCAGCAAUAGUAGCCCGCGACAACGACCUCGACCGGCUAAUCGACCGCGAAUCCACACCCGACACCUUCACCGCCGACGACCUGAUCCCGCAGUCCCCUUCAUCUACAAUGGCCGCUCUAAUCCUCGAGGACGACCUGAGUUCAAGCAAGAUGGUGGUCAAGAAGGAGAACUAACCCUACACUACUACUCAUACGUAUUAGUAAUAGAUGAAUAACACAAUGAGCAGCACAAAGCAGAGAGAAUAAGGUUCAGCAUAACCUUUCCUGAAACAUUGGCUGCUGCUACGCUGCUUCGUAUACGCAAAACUCUUGUUGCUGCGUCGUAAGCUGCUCCGUCUCAUUUCAGCAGAGAAGAAGCAAUUUCAUCCUGCAGCUUACACUGAUUAUGAGUGGACUGGACACACAACACAGCAGUGGCAGCACAGCAGACAGCGGCAACACAGUGGCAACAUCACCACACCACCACCCCGGUCAUCUCUCUGCUGUCCCAACUUCCUCUUCAUUGUCAAUCGCAGAUCCAAAUUGAGUUGCCGUCGCGAGCAAAAUACGCAACCCACGCAGCCAUCAAUCUAAAAACCCUAAUCUGCUGAACUCAAACCCUCCCG